GAAGAGUUACUUCGCCAAGACAAUGCGGAAAUGCAAAAGCAGCUGAAGCUUAUUGAAGAUGAGAAAUUAGCUACGAAAUCUGACUUUGAGUCGUUGCAAUCGAUGCAUAGUGCACUUCUGACGGAUCACGACCGCCUACAAACACUACACAAUAUGCUUAGUGCUGAUUACGAUCGAACUAAAUAUGACAAUACACAUCUUAAGAUUAUGCUGAAGAAUCAAAAGGUAAUUGUAAAAAAACUCUUAUGGUCAGUGGACGAGGGAGAAGGAGGAGGUGGGCAGAGGAGUUCAUGUAAGGAAAAUGUCAAGUGA